AUGAGUUCGGGAUGCAGCUUUUCACCAAUUCAAAAGCGACACAUAUUGAAAAAUGACACCAAACAAAAUACAACAGAUAGAAAGCAAACGCUAAGAAUGAAUAGCGAUGAGAAUGAAGACAGAGAAAAACGAAUAAAUAGUAGAAAAGAAGAAAAGAAGAAAAGAAGAAGAAAAGAAGAAAAGAAGAAAAGAAGAAGAAAAGAAGAAAAGAAGAGAAAGAAGACGAAGAAAAGGAAGAAGACGAAAAAGAGGAAGAAGACGAAGACGAAAAAGAGGAAGAAGGCGAAGAAAAGAAGAAAAGAAGAAGAAAAGAAGAAAAGAAGAAGAAAAGAAGAGGAAGAAGAGGAAGAAGAGGAAGAAGAGGAAGAGUCAUGGUUAAGAAUUGUAAGAAUGAGUGCGGGAUGCAGCUUUUCACCAAUUCAAAAGCGACACAUAUUGAAAAAUGACACCAAACAAAAUACAACAGAUAGAAAGCAAACGCUAAGAAUGAAUAGCGAUGAGAAUGAAGACAGAGAAAAACGAAUAAAUAGUAAAAGAAGAGAAAGAAGACGAAGAAAAGGAAGAAGACGAAAAAGAGGAAGAAGACGAAGAAGAAAAGAGGAAGAAGACGAAGACGAAAAAGAGGAAGAAGACGAAGACGAAAAAGAGGAAGAAGACGAAGACGAAAAAGAGGAAGAAGACGAAGACGAAAAAGAGGAAGAAGACGAAGACGAAAAAGAGGAA